UUCAGCAGUUUUUAGGAAAGUAGAACGAGAGAUUAGCAUUUUUUUGUAGAAUUACUCUUUUCCAUAUUUAUUACUACUUGCUAGUCAUUGGUAUUUCAUAUCAUCUCAAGCUCUCUCAAACCACACUUCAAAAUGAAAUGGUUCUCCAUUUUCUUUAUUAAAGCUGUCUGCUUUAUCAUAAUUGGGAAUUCACUGACUACACUAAAGACAACACCAGUAAAGUCAAAUUCACCACUGACGACUUCAAAGAAGGCCUUCAAUGCUACCUUAUCUUCAACACCAACCGUAAAAAAAUAUCAACGAAACCAACUAUUGGAGGGACAUCACCAAAUCCAAUAACUAUUAAAGCCACUAAAUUAACUUCUAGCUCCACUUCAUCCAAAAAAUCCACGACAAUGUCAGCAAAAACAACUAAACCAACGACGAAUAAACCAAUAUUCUUGACAACUGCAAAAACCACCAAGACAUUGUCAACUACCACUAUCAAACCUACUAUAAAGUCAACGACAACAAUUAAAUCGACAAAAUUGUCAACACAGACGACCAAAAAUUUAACGUCGACCUCGACAAAAACAACUAAAUCAACGACAAUAUUUCAGAAAACUGCUAAAACCACUUUAAAAAUUCCAACUACUACUACCAAACCCGCUAUAACGUCAACCAAAACAACUAAACGAACGACCAUGUCAUCGAAAACAACUAGUCCCACUAUGAAGUCUACAUCAAGGACAACUAAACGACCAAUAACGUCAUUAAAAACCACUAAACCUACAACAGGUUCAACUAAAACCACCAAAACAACUAAACAAACGAUUAUGUCAUCGAAAUCUACUAAUCCCACUAUGAAGUCUACAUCAAGGACAACUAAACGACCAAUAACGUCAUUAAAAACCACUAAACCUGCAACAGGUUCAACUAAAACCACCAAACCAACUAAAACCUUAAAAACAACAACUAAACCGACGACAAUGUCAGCGACAACUAGAUUAACUACAUCGACAAAACCGACUAGACCUACAACAACGACUAAACCUACAACAACUUCAACUAAAACCACCAAACCCCCUAAAACAUUAAUAACAACAACUAAACCGACGACAAUGUCAGCGAAAACUAGACUGACUACAAUGACAACAACGACGAAACCUACGACAACGUCAACUACAUCAAAUAAUCCCGCCACAAUGUCAAUUACAACUAAAUUCUCAACCAUGUCAACUAAAUCCACUAAAUCAAAUACAUUAUCAACAAUAACCAAAACCACGGCAAUGCCAACAACUACAAUCACUCAACCAACUACAGUCCUAUCUACUACAAUGGAACCGACAACAAUGCCACCGACAACGAAACCCACGACAUUGCCACCUUCCACAAGUAAACCCACGACAGUGUCAACUACAAUCAAUGAAGCUACGGCAAUGUCAACUUCUACAACUACGCCGACACCUAGAACUACUACCACUGAGCUAACUACAGAAUCAAUUACAACAAGUAAACUUACAACAGUAUCGAAUACACCAAAUAAACCCACGACAAUGACAGCUACAAUCACUGAAUCCACGACAAUAUCGACUUCAACAAUUGAACCAACAACAUUUUCAAGUCCUGCAAGUAAACCAAACACAAUAUCAUCUACAAACACGGAACCAACUACAGAUUUAAAUAUAACAAGUAAACCUACGACAAUGUUAAAUACACACAAUGAAACUAUGGCAAUGUCAAAUACAACAACUGAAACGACAGGGUCAAAACCAACAGCUGUACCCGCUACAUUGUCAACUACAAUCACUGAACCAACUGCAGAAUCAAGUACAAUAACGCAAUUAACGACAGUGGCAACUACAAUUACUAAGCCCAUGGCAAUAUCGACUUCCACACUGAAACCUGUGACAGAUACAACAUCUACUAUUGUAAACGCAACAACAACUUUAGAAGCUAUUUCAACAACAGAAGGUCUUAUGACAACUGCUGUUGAAUCAACAUUGACCACUAAAGAAGAAACAGCAACCACCGUAAACCCAUUAUAUACCACUGAAGAAACAAAAACAACCAUUACAAAGGAAACUCUCGCUACGGACAAACCAACAAAUACCACAGAAGUCAUAAACACCAUUGAAACAUUUAGGACUACAGAGACAACGCAAAUCGAUACCACAGAGCCCACUCUUACUACUACGGAACCAUCAAAAACGACAUUGAAUGAAGAACACCACAUAUAUAGAUUUUGUCGUGAAAGUUCAACAACAGCAGCAAGCGGGACCAUUCAGCCAUUUGAUAAUAAAUCUGAUCAGGCGAUACAGUGUAGCUUUUACAUAUACGCAUCUUCUGACCAGAUAAUUCAGCUAUCUUGCUCGGUGGUCAACGUCACAAAAGCAAGCAAUUUCGCACAAAUUGGAGGUUUACUGGAUCCCAUCAUGAGCCCACUCAUGGAAAAUGAAAAAUAUACUUCCAGUUCCAGUUACAUUUACAUAUCUUCUCGUCUUGGUCAAACCGACUGGAUUCAAUGUAAUUGGACCAUGAUUCACAACACUGGUACUUUUUAGUUCAUAUCCACUAAUGCAGAAGCAACAACUGAAAAAAUACGCCCCGCCAUAAUUUCCACUGAAUAAGUUCCUUGGGCAAUACGUUAAUUUUUUACCAAUAAAUGUUUUAAGAUUUUCUAAUUUAAAAAUAUAUUUUUAUUGGAAUCCUUUUUUACAAUCAUGUACUUUUAAAAAUUUAUCUUACCAGCGUUUGCCGUUUGCAUUAUUACAUUCUUCAUUUUUACAUACAAAUACCAAUUUUUAAAGCCUUGGGGUAAUUUAUCAAAGAGGGUUAAAUGAACUGCCGUUUAGAGAGUAAACAGCCUCCUCUUCGAAGAACUUUAUACUUUAAAAUAAAUUACAUAAUUUUCUUUUAAAAUGAUGAAGGAAUUAUACUUCAUCGUCGUACUUUAAGAAACGCCUUGCUUCACAAGUAAUAAACGGAUAAUGAAUCUGUAGUGUAGCUAUAUUAUGUAUCCCGUAGCGUAGCAUCAUGUAAUAGGAUAUGCCACACGCUGCUAUAUAACGCGCUGCCCCUUGUAUUCAUUAGGGCAUUCACAGUAUUCAUUCAUAGUAGUGCAGUAAUUCAUAACAUGUACCGUUCACCGUGUAGGCCUAGAGAGCUUAAAAGUGAAUACACAUAAAAGAAUAUUA